AAGAGAGGGGGACUUUUACUCGGUUGAAGAUUUAGGGUUCGUGUCCAUGUGCAGCAUGAGAGAGCUGGUGAUAUUAGCAGCUUUGGUCUCAGCUCUACACGCAGCCAGCCUCCCGACAGACACUGAUGUGGUAUACAAGUGCCAAGAAGAUCAGGACAAAAUUGCUACAUUAGAAGCUGAGAGCUUCAUUAAUGACCAUCACCGCCAUGGAUACAAAUUCAAAUUUGUCUCACUGGACAGUCGCAGUGCAGAGGAGAAGACAGAUCCUUGUGAGGUCAUCUUGGGAAUAACUCUAGAGGAAACUGAAUGCCACAUUGUGAAUCCCAAACCUUUAGAUCAGUGUACCACUAGAAAGGAAUCAGAGACGAAAGUGACAGCAAAAUGUAACGUGACCAUCUCCAGUGUUGAGGGAAAAGCAGCUGUAAAGCGCUACGCCUGUGAGACCGAAUCAGCUUCACAUGAAAUACUUGUGACAAAAUGCCCUGACUGCCCCAGUCUACUGCCCUUGCAUGACCCGAAGGCUCUGGAGAGUGUGAAAACUGCCCUGCAGAAAUUCAACAAAGAAUCGAAUCACAAGUCUUACUUUAAACUGAUGGAAGUGGGAAGGAUCAGCACACAGUGGAUGUUUUCGGGUCAAAGCAUCUUUGCUGAUUUUGCCAUUAUGGAGACAAACUGUACAAACAAGGAGGAAGACGCAUGCAAGGCUUUAUGUGGGGAUCAUGCUCGGUAUGGCUUCUGUAAGUCCUCCAAAGUUGGAAAUGAGGAACCAGAAGUGGAAUGUGAGAUUUACGAAGCUCAGAACAUAACUCAUCCAAUGAAACACCCUGCUCAGUCAAGAAAAGACUGUAAAUUCCAUGGUCCCCCACCAGGACAUCGUCCAGGACAUCGCCCAGGACAUGUUCACCCGCAUCGACCAGAACAUGCAGGGCAUGACCACAAGGACAAAAUUCCUGGUCAUAGGGACCACCCAGAACAUCCACACCUCUGUCCAAAAGGCCCUUCAGGAGUUCCAGAAUCGGCACCUCAGGGCCGCCAUGAAUUCCCAUGCCAUGGCGUUGUAAAAAUACCCCCCUCUAUUUAUCCAAUCUGCCCCUUCCCUCCACCACGUCUCUGCAGGGGCCCUCCAGACCUCGUACCCCUUGGUACUCCUCCACCUCCUCCUCAGUAACUAACGCUAAAAUCUAUGGAGGAACAUUCAGAUUUAAUCCUCUAUUGCCACGUUUCAAAGGGCAAAUAUUCAAAACUGAACAACACAAGAGUGUUAAUAUCUCUAGAAUGUUCAGUCCAAUAAAUCUUCUUUACUGACCAGUG